AUGUACGAAGACGUGUGCUCAAUAGCUGACAGCAUCUCUGGACGUUGUGCCGUCCCUGUACGCUUCCUGUCCAACCUGCCUAGUAUGACAAAUACGAGAGAAGAUCGUCGCCUCCCCCCACUCCCAUGCGUGGAGCCCUUGCCCCGCGGACCCUUAGAUCCAUCCAAUGCCAUCGCUAAUGCCACCAGCGCUGCAAGAACUCAGCACACUUGCCCCCUGCAAGAUCUUUCCUCUCCUCAAUUUCUAAGCCUCAUUGCCCCCGUAUACAUCAACCGCAAGCCGCUGUUGCAGCAGCAGUGCGGCCAGCUGUACUGUGAGCUGGACAGCCACAUUCAUGAUUACUUCCUGGAACAAGCUGAGCGCCUGAUGCUCCAGACCCGCUGCAUGCAGCUGCAGCAGCUGGUGUUCAGGCUUCGGGAGCAGAACCAGGCUUUCCAGCAGCAGCUCAAGAGACUUCAGAAAGAAAACUAG